CCCUAACGUUAUCGACGCUUUGCCAGCCCUAGUCUGUGAGUGUUCGCUGCGAAAAAAUAAAGAAAUUGAAAAAUAAAGGCGUUUCAAAUAAAAAGUGCAGCGAUUCGCGAGCGGCGACAGGUGAAGUGUUCCCAAGGAAAACGCAUUUAGCGGCAGCGAGUGGAAAACACAGUGCGCCCUCGGUAGCAGUGACGGCGGUCCCGAACGUACAGAGAAACCAGGAGAUUUCCGCUCAAAAAAGCAACAAUUGAACGCACGCAACUCGGCGGAAGGAGCGAGCGAGAGAGGGAGAGGCACAAACACCAGCACACACUCACACUCCCACACACAGACACACACUCACGUACACGGCACAAAGGUUAUCAACAGCAAAAGCAACAACAACAAACAACUUACUUUAAAUGUAAAAACAUAUAUUAACUAAAAUCUAAAAAAAACAACUGAGAAACAAACUGCAACCGACAAGCAAUCGCCGAACAACGCCUAAAAAAAACUAGUGAUUUUCGAGGGAGAACAGAGGAAGAACCUAGAACGUAUAACCCACCUACCUGGCCUACCUGCAUUUCGGGUCUCUUCCCUAGAACUUAGCACAAAUCGAGAUUUAUACAUAUAGAGGAUAUCGCAGCCAGACAGCCAGUUAGCCAGCCAAGAUGCGUGAGUACAAAAUCGUGGUCCUUGGAAGCGGCGGCGUGGGAAAAUCAGCGCUGACGGUCCAGUUUGUCCAGUGCAUCUUCGUGGAGAAGUACGAUCCCACCAUCGAGGACAGCUACCGGAAGCAGGUGGAGGUGGACGGGCAGCAGUGCAUGCUGGAGAUCCUGGACACGGCGGGCACGGAGCAGUUCACCGCCAUGCGGGAUCUGUACAUGAAGAACGGCCAGGGAUUCGUGUUGGUCUACUCGAUUACGGCGCAAUCGACGUUCAACGAUCUGCAGGACCUGCGAGAGCAGAUCCUGCGGGUCAAGGACACGGACGAUGUGCCCAUGGUCCUUGUGGGCAACAAGUGCGACCUCGAGGAGGAGCGCGUCGUCGGCAAGGAGCUGGGCAAGAACCUGGCCACCCAGUUCAACUGCGCCUUCAUGGAGACCUCAGCCAAAGCCAAAGUGAAUGUGAACGAUAUUUUCUACGACCUGGUCCGGCAGAUCAACAAGAAGUCGCCCGAGAAGAAACAGAAGAAGCCGAAAAAGUCCCUAUGUGUUCUGCUAUAAGACUUCCAAAAAACAAAAACCGUAAAAAGCAAAAAACAGAGAGGAGGAGCAAAAGGAUAUAUAGAGGAGGGAGGAGCAAAAGUAUAAGCGUAAAGUAAAGAUUUUCAAUUUUUUUCGUUCUCGUUUCGUUUUUGGAUCCGAAGGCAAUUGUCGAAAAAUUGAAAUAACCAAUCUACUAUAUAUAUACAAAGCAAAACAACAAAACUUAAACUGACAAAUGUUUUUAACUGUUUCAAGUUUUUGUAAUUAUUACCAUUUACUACUAUUAUGAUUGUACUAUUUUUCGCUGAUUAACCAUUAAUGCAUAUGGGGAAUUAUUAUAUAUAUAUCUACAUAUUUAAAUAUAUUUGUCGUUCGUUUUUGAGCCGUUUUUUAAAUUAUGCAACAAGUGAAACAUUCGUAAACUAAAACAUUCGUAUUUAUUGAUUCUUUUCGAUUGUACUCUACACAUCUACAACUACUUAUACACGAGAGAACCCAACCAACAACAAAUAUAUCCUAAAAUAGAACCGAAAACAACAUUCAAAACAAGAAAAACCCAAAAUCAAAUUAAGCUAAACUAAAUUGUACGCCUAAAAGAUAACAAAUUCCACAAAAGAAAUGAGCAAAUAAAUCGAGAAGGGAAAUGAAUCAUGAAUAAGGAACAUAUUUUAUAAAAAUAUUGUAUGCAAAUGAUGUCAAAAUGUUGCAAACAACCAGAAGUAAUGAGCCCAUUUAGAAAUUAGUUUAAAACAAAUUUACAAGUAAUUGUUUAGCAUGAUCAAUUGCAUCCACAAUUUAAUACAUCCCACACACACACACAUACCAGCCACAUCCCACACACACACAUUCACAGCCACACACUCACACACUGACACAUUUCCGGCGAGCUCUCAGAGAGCGAAAAAGCAAGGAGGAAGCGGAAAUGAGAGGGAUUGCCAUGGCUCACUUCCGCUUCCUGGUAAAAUCAAGAACAACAACAACAUCAAGCACAGAGACAGCCACAAAUUAUAGUAUAUUUAAUACUUAAGGAAUGGUUAAACAUAAAACUGUCGUGUCAAUCCCAAAAUGAAAAGAAACCUAAAAACGAAGUAAUUUACAAAUAUUUCAUAAUAAACAUUGCAUAAACUUCGCGUA